CCGUCGUAGUCUAGUCUGCAGGAAGUAGCAGCAUAUGAAGUAUAUAGCCCCCCUACAGCUGCUGCAGCAGCAGCUGCUCAACUCAAAGCAUCUCUCCUUUUAUUUUAGAGAGAGAAGAGAAAGGUCAGCACGCUUUGCUUCCUCAACCAACCAACCAUCAUAUAUUUGGCAUUUGGGAUUUGUGAGGUUGCGUGCGUUGUCAUCUAAUUUACGUUCUUCGCUUCUUUCCUUCUUUUGGAAUAGUUUGCUCUGCUAGGCUCUGUCGAGUGAAGGGAAUCUGUCGACUGGCUUCUAGCUACUCCAUUAUACUCCUGCUACUACUGCUCUUUAUUUACCCCUUUUCUGCUUCCUUCCGUUUACACAGGCCAGGUUGCAACCCCAGAUAGGAAAAUUGAGAGUGAUAACUGAGAGAAAAAAAAAAUAGAAGACGAGCAGAAACACAUACUCAGCGUGCUUUAGAAAAGGCAAAAAAACAACAGACCCCAUCCCAACUGGCUAGGACUCCUCAUCCCACAUCCUAUAUCUAUUAAAUAAGCCCAGUACUAGUAGAUUUGCAAUUCCCACAGCUAUUAUUACCUCUCCUUUUCUUUUGCUUUCGUGGGGUUGGUUCUUGAGGGAUGAUAUGUCCUCCGCAUGAGUCCAAGCUUGGAGCUUUACUACUAGUAUAGUUGUCUUGAAGCUGUAUUGUUCCUUUCCGGUGUUUUUCUUUGCUCCUUUAGCUUGGCCGCCUUAGAGGAAAAGGGCUUCUUUUUUGAGGUGUAUUUAUGAUGUGGGCUUCCAUGUUUUUGAGCUUCGGUUAGGCAUUCAAGUAUAUAUAUUUUGUCUUCGUUACUACUCUCUUCUGGUGUGAGAAAAGGCUGUAUAUAUAUAUACAUAUUCGAUAAAGAAAAAAUGGAGGGAUAUCCUGGAAAGGAUGAGGGAUGUCCUAAAUUACUUGAUUUGAUCCCACAAGAAAGACAGUGGGUUGUGAAAAUGGAGCAAGAUACAGGCCAUGGAGCUUGUUCAGAGGAGCAGAAACUUGAGCUAAGGCUUGGUCCUCCCGGAGGACCUGAGUCUUCUAAUCUCUCUCGUGGUUGCUUCUCUAACAGUACUAGUGCUGGUACAAAGAGAGGUUUUACGGAUACCACUGCGAAUGGAAAUCAAGCCCAUGUUUUAUUAAAACCAUGUCCAUGGUCAUCUUCAUCAGCUAAUUUCCAAGGAAAAGGCCAACAACUACUGCAACAGCAAACAAAGGCCACUCCAUUUCUUCAGCUUCAGUCAACUUCUACACAGCGUCCUCUGCCUGCAGAAGUUAUGUCAAAGGAUUCUUCACAGCACUGUUGCAGCACCAAAGCAGUAGACUUGCAGAAUACCGCAGAAAAGAAGGCAUUUUCGCCGCCUUCUGCUGCUGCUGCUGCCACAACUACAGCUGUGCCCAACAGCUCUACUAAUGCUCAGAAAAGAACUGCUCCUGCUGCAGUUGUGGGCUGGCCUCCAAUUCGUUCAUUCAGGAAAAUUAUUGCUAGCGGCAGCCAUUUGAAGUCAACUUCUGGAUCACAAAAUGGGAUCUCUGGAAAGACUGCAAAUGAAAAAGCUGUUGAAAUUUGCCAAAAGGGUUUGUUCGUGAAGAUCAAUAUGGAUGGAGUUCCUAUCGGAAGAAAAGUGGACCUCAAAGCAUAUGACACUUAUGAGAAGCUCUCCUCUGCUGUUGAUGAACUUUUCAGAGGCCUUCUUGCAGCUCAAGGGGAUUCCUCUGCCGGUGGAAUUCAGAACAAGGGAGAGGGAGAGAAAGUGAUAAGUGGUUUAUUGGAUGGAAGUGGAGAAUAUACCCUCGUAUAUGAAGAUAACGAAGGAGACAGGAUGCUUGUUGGGGAUGUUCCGUGGCACAUGUUUGUAUCUACUGUAAAGAGGCUGCGAGUCUUGAAAAGCUCUGAGAUCGCAACACUCUGCCGUGGGAGCAAGCAAGGAAAGCUCUCGCUUGAUGUUUCAUUGAAAUGAAGGAUCAAAUCAUUUUGCAGACUUGAUAAGGAUGGUGGAACAGCUACUACCAUUAACGUUUACAUCAUUAAUUGAAGAAAAAAAGGAAGAAGAGGAAGAAGUUGAUUUUUGUAAUUAUUACAAUUCCAGGUGGUGGUUGUGUUAGGAAGGACAAAUGAACUUCCUUUCCUGUAAAUUUUUGUUUUGCUAUUGCCUUCUUGGAUUCUGUAGAAAUGAAGGAAGGCCCUUCUGAAGCUUUAAUCAAUUGUGUUUUUUUUCCUGCUGGGAUUGACUUUUGUAUGCUUGCGUGUAUCUUUCUAUCUUAUUUUCCGGUCAUGGAAAUGGAACGUGUAAUUUUUAUUCUGGAUCAAUAUUUCUGACCCAGAAAAAAGUGGCAAUCUCUUGGUC